GUUUAAUUUUACCGACCACUAAUUCACGACUGAGCUUAGAGAGUUAGAGGGUCCUACAUUUCUUCCACGACGGGGUUUGGGAGCGACUGUCGGUGGCAGUACAGCAUAUGCAAAAGCAUCUUCUUCGCCUUCUUCUCCUUCCCAAAUAUAAAUGCAAGGCACUGAAAAUAGCAUUAAACCAACAAAAAAAAUUACAGCAGUUUCUGGUGUUCCCAGACUGGAGGAGGACCCACACCCCCUUACCCACCGCGUCGGUUAUCCUUAUCUGUCACGCCUUCUUUAUAACUUUGGGUGCUCAAAGCUGUGAUCUUUAACCGAAGUAUCGAACCGUUGGAUAUUUCAGUUCGGGAUCUCACUACUACCCAAUCCCUCUUAUUCGGAUCUGUCCAUUUCCGGGCUUCCUUUCUUUAUCUUUAAGUAGCAAAGCACCUGUUUGGGAUUGAGACCAAAUAAUUUAUGAGAUUGUGGUUGGCUUGAAGCUCAAAGUUGUGAUAUGAGUUGUACGGAAAGAGAAUAUGUGGUUGAUAUUGAGACUGAUGGGACUACGACUGGAGUAGGUAGUUCAUAUAAAUGUGAAAAUGAGGGGGAGGUUUUGCCUCCUGGAAAGAUUGAAGGGACAAUGUUAGAGAAUAUAAUGGAAAAGAAAGUAGAGAAGGAGAAAAGAAAGUCCAUAAGUGCCAAGAAGCCUCCCAAACCCCCUAGACCUCCAAGAGGGUUGUCAUUAGACGCUGCUGACCAAAAGCUGAUCAAAGAAAUACACGAACUUGCGUUGAUAAAACGUGCAAGGAUUGACCGAAUGAAGGCUUUGAAGAAACUGAAAGCUGUAAAGGCAUCGUCCGUUUCAUCAGCAUUUAAUGGGAGUUUCUUCGCUAUGUUUUUCACCGUUGUGUUCUUCAUGGUGCUAAUCUUCCAAGGGAUGUCUUCAGGAAAUGGAUCCUCAAGCUUUCAUGGUUCUCCAGAGUCAGUAUAGGGGAGAACUUGGCCGGGGUGAACUCUGCGUUUGGGUCGAAGAAAGCUUUAGGAUGAAAAGUGCAGAUGAAGUGUAGAAUAAUGCCAGUCUUCCCACCUUCUUGAACAGCUUCAAUGGCUAUGAUGAUGCCCUUUGCACAGCUAAUAAGUAGUGGUAUUAUUAUUGUUGUUAUUAUUAGUGGUAGUAUUAUAAUUUAUUUUCUUAAGCUUUUCUUUGUAGUUUUUACUAUAAUGAAUCAUUUAUUUAUUCACUAAUAGAAGUAUUAGUAGUGACAAACUGGCAAUAUCCAUCAGAAUCUUUUUCGAACGUCGACACGAUCUGUUGAUUACUAAGUCAUUCUUUUUAGAUCAAUUUAUUUAUGGAGUUUGGUUCAGAAAUUCAGAUACAUUAUCAGUUGAAUGUUAGUUGAUUAGUGAGUCGUUUUCUGUAAUCAAUUUGGGGGAGAGGUCUGUUUCAGACAUUAGUAAGUAGAUGUUGGACUCCAUCCCUAUGUUGGACUCCAUCCCUAUGUUGGAGUGACAUUUAGUAAAACACAAAGACAGCAUACCAAAGAUUGUCCUCCCAAUUAGUACAACAAUUUGUUAUAGGAAACAGAAUUUGUCAAUUUUUUAUCAAAUAAUUACAAACCUUUUAUUUUUUAACAUCUUUUCAGUAACUAAUAGUAAAUAAUAACAAUUACUGAAAACGUUACAAAAAGUAUAUUUUCAAUCAACUGUACCAAAUACUCGAGUGCGUAUACUGUGCAACCGGUAUACGGUGAGCACCGUAUACCGGGACGGCUUUAUAUUUUUUUUUCCUUUUGUUUUUAAAAAAUGGUUAUAACUUUUUUAUUUUUGAUCCGAUUUUUAUAAAAUUUAUAUCAACAUUUUUUAUUUUUCAUGAUCUUUCAAAUGAGAUCAAUAUUGCCUAUGUAAUUUUAACAUAUUAACAUUUGUGUGUAAAAUAUGUAACUUUAAGUGUUAAUAUGUAACUCACGUUCAGUCAAGUCAAAUGCAACUCGUGUGUAUAAAUAUGUAUCUCUACGUGUAACAAUAUGUAACUUUACGUAAAAAAAAUAUGUAACUCGCAUUUAGACAGGUCACAUGCAACUCGUGUGUAUAAAUAUGUAACUCGCGUGUAUAAAUAUGUUACUUUACGUGUAAAAAUAUGUAACUUUACGUGUAAAUAUAUGUAAGUCGCGUUCAGACAUGUCAAAUGCAACUCGUGUGUAUAUAUAUAUGUAACUCGCUUAUAAAAAGAUGUAAGUCGCUUAUAAAAAGAUGUAACUUGCUUAUAAAAAGAUGUAACUCGCUCAUAAAAAGAUGUAACUCAAUGUAUUAUCAAAUGUAACUGAGGCCACUGAUCCACUCCCAAACAGAUUCGAUCUUCUAUUUCACAAACUUAUCAUCUCCCAAACAGAUUCAAUUUUUCUUAUAAUCCAAUACUCAUUUAUAUAAUAGUUCGAUAAUUUCUUAAAAUUACAUACACAAUAUUGGUCUCAUUUGAAAGAUCAUGAAAAAUAAGAAAUGUUGAUAUAAAAAUCAGAUCAAAAAUAAAAAAGUUAUUAUCAUUUUUAACAUCAAAAGCAAAAAAAAAAAGAGAUGCUGCGUCGUUUUUGCAACCGGGCGCACCAUCCUCAUGGUGCGCCGGUUGCACCAUAUAAUUUGGAAAAUAUUACACAAAUAUUACUCAUUUAAAUCCUUCUUACUUUUAUAUUACUACCGAUCAUAAUCAGUUAAAGAGACUUAUCAUUAUUCCGUAUUUGACCUGGGAGAAGUUUUCGAGUAACCGUCUGCGACUUAUCUGCAUCGUUCCCGCUUAUCUAUACUGAAAUCUCGCAGACGGCACUCCUCCAUAUCUACAUCGUUCUUCACUCUCUCAUUCCAGGUUUUUUACUAAAAACCCUGCCCUAACCCGCUUGCAUGUUGACGAUUGAGUUCAAAUUCUUCAAUCUCUGCAACGGAAGUUGAUAUGCGCAUGCAAGGCGAAGUUGCAACAAUCACGGUAAGAAUCACUGAAUUGGAACGGCUAGGUUGCAAUUUUAUAACGAAUAGUUGCUGUAAUCUUCCAUUCUUCUCCUCAUUCUAUAGUCUUAUGAUUUCAUAAAAAUGAGAAAUCUUUGAAAGCCCUCUGUUUCGAAAAUAAAAUGUAAUGUUCUGAAAGUAUGAUUGUGCAUCAGGAUAUGUGUUUUGUGUUAUAGUAGAUUCCCUGAUUUGAGUUAAUCCUUCUAUGGCACUAGCAUUUACACAUUUGUAGAUAGUAUAUGACACUCUUUAAAAUAUUUUGAUUUUGAGAAGUAGAAUUGUGAAAGUUACUCUAACACACAUUCAACAGUUUGUCUGAUUUGUCUAAAAGACCUGCCAAUCUGGGUGUUGUUAAAAUGGUACAGAUUGUGUAUCAUGAAGGCUCUACAGAUUGUGUAUCAGGAAGGCUCUACUUUAUCAAAAUGCCAUUCUGUGUGUGUUUCUUUUUUGGUAUGGUACAGAUUGUGUAUCAGGAAGGCUCUACAGCUUCUGGUGUGCAAAAAUGAACUACCUGCUGCGUAGAUGUGUGUUUGAAAAGGAAGUAUAAAAUGAACUACCAUUCAUUUACUCAGAUUGUGUCAAAAAAUGAACUACAGAUUGUGUCUUCCUUUACUCAUUUAAAUUAUAGCAAAAGAAGUAUAAAAUGAACUACCAUUCAAUGCUGCUCUUACUUCUAUGUUUUUGUGAAUCAGAGCAUGGAAGACAAUGAUGAUUUCACUACACCUCUGGCAUCUUCAACACCAUUCUUGCGGUCAUCCGUGAAAGCCCCAUCCACUCAUAAACCUAAGAAUAUCAUGGAAGACAAUGAUGAUUUCACUACACCUCUGUCAUCUUCAACACCAUUCGUGCGGUCAUCCGUGAAAGCCCCAUCCACUCAUAAACCUAAGCAUAUGUACAAGAGGCUGGUGAAAAAGUCCAUAGUCUAUAAGUUCAUAAAGAACAGGAAAGUAAACACAUAUUCUAGGUUGUUUGACUCGGUCUCUUUAGUAAAGCAGAAGUUAGAACCUCAUCAAGUUCAACUCUUUAGGAAAACAGCCUUUGGUCCGUUUCUUGAUGCUAGGAAAAUGUGUUGCAGUGGUCUACUCAUACAUUAUCUGUUAGGGAAUUUGGUAGAGGUUGAGAAUGUUGCCAAUCCCUUUCAUAUGUACUUUGAGAUUCAGGAUAGGCUCGUUUGUUUUUCUGUGUUAGAUUUCACCACUAUUCUUGGUUUUAAUUGCCAUGACACUGUCCCCACUGUCGAACAAGAAUCUUCCUAUCGGGGUGCGUUCUGGCUCAAAUUUUCCCCCACCCAUUCUAGGGUCACACGUAGUGAUAUUAAGUUACUAUACCAGUCUUUGGUCAAGGGUAACGAGACUGACGAAGAUAUAAUUAGACUUUCACUAAUAUAUGUCCUAUCUCAUUCCUUCCUUCCCGCUGACCCAAAAGUUGCACUAAACAGUUCAUAUCUAAAUUUAAUCGAUGAUAUAGACGCGUUUAAUAGUUAUCCGUGGGGUAGGGUCAUUUGGAACGAUAUGGUUUCUUGCUUUACAAAUGGUGCUAAAUGUCUGAAGUUAAAUGAAGCACAUUAUAAUGUGUAUGGUUGUGUUGUGGCUCUACAAGUAUGGGCUUUUGAGAGUUUUCCGGCUCUAAGAGAGGUUGGCUUGGCUCUGUUAGUGGAUCCAGAUUCUUUUCCAAGGGUUUUAAGAUGGACGUCGGCCAAAAAAAACCCAAACACCUUGAACUGCUCUAUCUUUAGCAACCCAAAUUUUGUCUUCCAGCCUAUUAUCCCCUCCACCAUAGAACUUAAUCAUGACAACUUUCAUCGAGCUGGAAUUCUUAUGGAUACAAACCCUCCCGUCACUCCCAAACCAACAUCAAAACUUACCCCAUGCUCUGCUUCCGAGAAGAAGCAAAGCAGGAAGAAGUCAAAGGUAGCAGUCGGGGCUAAUAAACAGUCAACAAGGAGGACAGACAACUCCAAGGGUGAAGAUGGAUGUGCUGGGAUGGAAGAUUUUUACCCCGGUCUGAGUUUGUAGCCAAAACAGCUGUCUUCAAUGAUGAAUUGAAUUCAUUACGAGCUUUAAUAUCUGAAUUACAGACCAAGGUCAAGGAUCAAGAUGAAGUCAUCCUCAUGCUUGAACAGAAGCUUCAUGAUAAGUCUACUGGACAGUAUACUUCGCCUUUGCGUACUACUUCAGUUCCACAGCCACCACAACACGGGUCAUCUGCCUAUCAAAAAGUCCAGCCCACCCACAAUGGUGUUUAUAUUGACUCUCCUACCACCAAUGACCCCAACAAUGCUCCUGAGGAAGGAUUAGACUUUUCCAUGACUCAAAUUCUUAAUGUUGCAUUUGACAUGUAUGAUCCGAAGGAUACCAAUAUCUCAGGUUUUAAGGACAGUAAUGCUGAAGAGUCUCAACCACAUAUCAGCAACAUCUAUCUCAAUCAGGAUGGUGAGAACAUCCAGCUCCCCAAGGACGCACUCGACUCACACAAACCUAUUGUCUUUAAACAGCCUAUGAUUUCAGUACCUGAGGAGCAUCCCAAAAGGAGAGUUCGUUCACCAGCCCGUUACACCCCAGGUUCAUAUGCACUCCAAAAGUGCAAGAAACCACGCCCGUCUCAUUUACUUUGCCCAUUUGCUCUAGACCCUUUUGCUGAGUUGAAACCUCCAUCUGAGCGGCUUAGAUUCUCACAAUACAUCAUGGAAGGAGUAGUAAGAGGGCAUCGAUCUACAUCUAUACCCAAGAAGUAUUUAUCAGAAGAAGAUAAAUCAAUUAACUUGGUUUUUUUCUAUGAUGUGAUCAUAGACAGCAAGUCAUGGAUAUACCGUCUACAUGAACCUGCCCAGUGGCUAGAUGCCGUGCAUGUUCAAGUAAUAUGCUUCUAUCUCCGUAUGAAGGCAGCUACGUAUCCAUAUACUGAAAACUUCUCCACUUGCUGCACAUACAUCCCUGACUAUUUGAAUAAGUUGUAUGAUAAAUACAAGGUUGGCGUUGUUCAUCCAGAAGACUCUGCGUCUGAUGGUUAUUUAGUGGAUGAAAUAGCAGGUGCAGAGGAACUCUACAUGCUACCAUUCUGGGAGUGUGAUCGUGUAUACAUUCCUUUAAAUCUAUUUGAGUCGCACUGGUGUUUGGUUGUGUUGGAUAUUCACAGUCACUGUUUGUUUAUGUAUGACUCAAACAACCGACGUGCUACUAAGAAACCAAAGACAGUUCAGUACAUGCGUGGCCUAAUUCAUUACCUUCCCAAAGUUGUAGCUGCACUCAAGGCCCAUAACCAGAAUGCAUCAUUCAAUGACCCCCCAUCAUACAAAUUGGAAGUCAUUAAAGUUGUACCGCAACAAGAUAAUGGGGGAGAUUGUGGUAUCUUCAUGCUGAAAUUUGCGGAGCUUCUACAGAUGGGAAUUGAUAUCAAUAAGCUUUGUCCAUCCAAGAUUCCAGAGUAUCGGGCAAAAUGGGCUCAUGACUUGUAUCAAUAUGGGCUCCGAAAUGAAAAAGAAGCUUAACUCCUGAAGAUGCACAUCAGAACUUACUUUACCUAACACCCAUCUCUGUAGAAAUUGUUAUUUUUGAAUCAUCCCGCACUGUUUCUUGUUAUUUUGGAUACUCUUCCAUUUUCAUUGGAAAUGACUACAACUUUUUAUAUGUUUUGCAAUACUAGUUUCACUUCAAUUCUACAUCAGUCCUUCAAAGUCUUUAUGUUCUGCAAGCAACUCUAAUUUUCGUCUAAUCCUUGUACAUCAAGUGAAACAUACAAAGAUGAAUAUUUCAAUUACUAUUUCCUUCAAUUU